AGUUCCUUGGUCUUUUCUCAUAGGUUGAUGAUGCUGAUGCUGAUGAGGUGGUCGGGCUGUCACCUUUGCACUCAUAUAGGUACCUAUAUGAGUUAUUUGCUUGAGUUGGCCUCUCAUCUGUAAACCACACACAUGUGAAUUUCACCAUAUAGAUGCCAAAAUAGCUGUCACGAUGCACGCGUUUCUGAAGACGGGUAAACUAGGCGCCAGUGAUGCUUCAGCCGGAGGAUCCGGUCUCACCGCAAAGGAAAAGAAACGCAACGUGCACCAGCCCUGGGUGGAAAAAUACCGCCCCAAGACGGUCGAUGACGUCGCGUACCAGGAUGAGGUGAUAGCCAUGCUGAAAAACUGCAUGAAGGGCUCAGAUCUGCCGAAUCUGCUGUUUUACGGUCCUCCGGGCACCGGUAAAACGUCCACCAUCCUAGCCGCCUGCAGGGAGCUCUUCGGAUCGGACAUGAAACAGAGGGUACUGGAGCUGAACGCCUCCGACGAGCGUGGUAUCGCCGUGGUGAGGGACAAGGUGAAGGGGUUCUCGCAGCAGGCGGUCCCCUCCUGCCGCUCAGACGGCAAGGCCUGCCCGGCAUAUAAGGUGGUGAUUCUGGACGAGGCCGACUCUAUGACCUCAGCGGCACAGGCGGCGCUGCGUCGUACCAUGGAGCGUGAGACGCGCACCACGCGGUUCUGCCUCAUCUGUAACUACGUGUCCCGCAUCAUCGACCCGCUCACGUCGCGCUGCGCAAAGUUCCGCUUCAAGCCGCUCUCGACCGACAUCCUGGUGCGCCGUCUGCGUGACAUCUGCACCGCGGAGGGCGUGGACUGUGACGAGCCGACGCUGGCGGCGCUGGUGGAGACAUCUGACGGUGACCUCCGUAAGGCCAUCACGACGCUGCAGUCGGCGGCACGACUCCGGCCGGCCGGCGGCCUCACUGCGGAGGACGUCAAAGAGGUCAUGCUGGUGGUUCCUGACGCCAUGCUGGACCGCCUGCUGGACGCCUGUCGCUCGGGACGGUACGAGAAACUAGAGACGGCCGUGAACGAACUCAUCCUGGAAGGGUACGCCGCCGCGCAGGUUCUCUCUCAGCUGCUGGAGAAGCUGAUUGCCCUGGACGGUCUGGAUGAUCUGCCCAAGGCGCACAUCCUGGAACGACUAGCACUGUGUGACGCGCGACUUCAGGACGGCGCCGACGAGUACCUGCAGAUCAUGGACCUCGGCUGCGUCAUCAUGGCACAGAUGAAGGCCUCGGGGUAGAGCACGACGCCCGAGGUCAACUUUCUUGAGGUGGAGUGAUGUCAGGGUACGUCUUUUGUCACAUCCCUGGCUCAUGUCAUUGUAAAUCGAACGAAGGUUUUGAAGCAAUGCCCAAUGUCAUUUCUUUACAUUCUGAAAAUGGUGGGAUGAUGUCGAGUAGCGACUGAUGCUGGGGUAGCGUCUGACGCCUGCCAUUUAGAUGCUGUCGAGAGGUUAGCGAUGUCGUAAAAAGACCGACGUUGGGGUAUCGGCUGAUGUUCAUCGUCUGGUGCGUUUAGCGUGUCUACAUAAGUGACGUUGGGAUGGCGCCUGCUGCCUGUUCUUUGCUGCCUGAGAAUGGUGGGGAGGUCGUGAGCGCGCGAAGCUUGAGGUCGGAGUAGCGACCGAUCUGAACCGUCAUUCGUUUGUACAGCCUGCAUACUGGCAGUACCGUCGUUUGACGUUGCCUACCGUAUGUCUUCCACUGCUACGUUGGUUAGAGUUUCACCCAAUGUGAGACCAUCAAACUUCUCUGCUGAGGAAGUGGGAAAGUGAGACCUUAUUGCUGGAUUUCUUUACAGCAAUGCUGGGUGCCAACUGCUAAUAUCACGCGGCUGGCCGCCGUUUUGGCAUCGAGUCCAUGAAAAUCGCACCUUGUUGAGCGGCUGCUUCGACUGAAAUGCACCUUCUGUGUUAGUUUUAUUCCACUCAGCCUAGUUGCUGUUGAAAUUGUGAUCCCGAGUACCUGACGGCUAACCUUGCCAUUGCAUCUUUACGCUCUACAGUACCAAGCCAUCCUGUAACCAGCCUCUCAUUAAGUGGAGUUUGAAUCCAUGCCGUUGAAAUGUCGGUAAAUGAACCGGUGUCUUUGCUGACUGUUAUCCUGAGAACUGGUCUUGCGAAUUAUUGCUUGCGACUCUUGUGUGGGAAUAGGCUUGUCCCUGAGCUGGGAAAGCACAAAGCUGUGUCGUGUUCAUCCAACCCUCAUCUGUAUUUGGGAUACCCGAUCAUCACCAUGCGUGACUUGUGGUUUGUAAAAUGUGCUUCCGUCAUUCCACGUGAAACGUUAGUCGAAUGAGGGCCACCAGUUGCCUGUCAAGUGUUGAGAAACCAUUUUGGCUGAGUCAGGUUACCGGUUUGUACCGCCUAGCCAAAUAAAUGAAUCAUUUUUGUUA